AUGCUCGGUCGAGUCGAUGAAGCGUUCGUUCGGCAUGUGGUGGAUUCUGCCAAGAUGGACCUGUGGUUCAGCGGUUUCAGCAAUACGUCGAUGCUAGAGAGGCACGUCAGAGAGAGAGUUCCGCAAGUAGCGCAAUGGUUAACCGAAGUAGUGCCGAAAAAAUUCUCCCGAUUGAUCGCGGCUGAGCAAAACGUUAACUGUCGGAAAUUCGGACUCAAGGGGAAAAUAGAUGCGGUGGUGGAGACCGCGGCUGGACGGCAGCAGGGCUUAACCUGCUUGGAAAUCAAAACGGGAAAACCCUGGCACACACAUCUCGGGCAAGUUACUCUGUACCACCUCCUCAUGAUGGACUUGAACCUGAGGGGACCUCCAGGAGGAGGAGCAGCAGCGCCGGCUUGUGCUGAGAUCAAUGAGGUGACCCCUUCCCCCACGGAGUUGGACAACCUCAUGUGUGUGCGCAAUACGUUGGCGUUGCAUUUGGCUAGGAAGAGUCUGCCGGCUACUAUAGGAACCAAGAGGGAAUGUGAACGAUGGAUCUCUGUAUUGCAUUGCGUCCUCGAUCUUAUCUUGUAUCUCGUUGAGAUUCACGCAUGA